UUGUUUUAUUCGGCUUCACUGAGGCUGCGCAGAGCAGCGAGCUCCACCGCCUGUUUUCUAUGUUUCUACUGUUGUUAAAAGAAAACGGAGAAGACGCUGAAAUCUGCGGCGUUUUUUAAAUGGAAAGUAGACUCAGUAUCUGCUGAUAAAUCAGCCUGAGAGGAGGAAGAGGAGGAGAGGAGCAGCUGCAGAGGAGAAGGAGAGACAGAGGAGAGGAGGAGGAGGAGAACAGGGAGAAAAAAUCGGGACAGUAUAAAAUGCUGCAGAUUUGACUGAAAGAUGUCAAACGUUACCAUGGAAGCGACCACCAUCCUCCCCAUCCUCAAGAAGAAACUGGCCUUUCUGUCGGGGGGCAAAGACCGGCGCAGUGGUCUGAUCCUGACCAUCCCUCUUGGUUCAGAUCAGACCAGCAUGGAGGAGCUCAGCGCCACACUGGACUACCUUCUCAGUAUCCCCAGUGAGAAGUGUAAGGCUCGGGGUUUCACCGUUAUCGUGGAUGGACGGAAGUCUCAGUGGAACAUUGUGAAGACUGUGGUGCUCAUGUUGCAGAAUGUGAUCCCAGCCGAGGUGUCGCUGGUCUGCGUGGUGAAGCCAGAUGAAUUCUGGGAUAAGAAGGUCACGCACUUCUGCUUCUGGAAGGAGAAAGACCGCCUGGGCUUUGAGGUGAUCCUGGUUUCAGCCAAUAAGCUGACUCGUUACAUCGAACCCUGUCAGCUGACGGACGACUUUGGAGGAAGUCUGGACUACGACCACAGUGACUGGCUCAACAAGAGACUGGUUUUUGAGAAGUUCACCAAGGAGUCGACGUCGCUGCUGGACGAGCUGUCGAUCAUCAAUGACGGUGACAAGGGCAGCUCGGUGGACAAAGACAAAUCAGCUGACUGCGCCCUCUUGCCAUCCUUUGACCCUGAGACUGUCCUUCAGACCGGUCAUGAGCUGCUGUCGGAGCUGCAGCAGCGUCGUUUCAACGGCUCAGAGGGAGGAGGAGGAGGAGGAGGAGGACAGGGAGGUCCAGCCUGGUGUCCCAUGGAGGAGGAGCUGCUGGCUCAGCCUCAAGUGAUGAAGCUGCUGGACUCGCUCAGGGAGCAGUACACCAGAUACCAGGAACUCUGCAGGCAGCGAAACAAACGCACCCAGCUAGACGAGAUCCACACCAAGGUCAUGCAGGUGGUUACCUGGCUGCAGGGUCCAGGUUCAGAGCUGUUGAAGACUCAUCAGGCGAUCGGAGACUCGAUGCGAGCGGCUCAGGCCCUGCAGCAGAAACACGAGGAGAUCGAGAGCCAGCACAGUGAGUGGUUUGCGGUGUACGUGGAGUUGAACCAGCAGAUCGCUGCCUUGCUCAGUGCCGGGGAAGAGGAGGAAGUGGUGGAGCUGAAGGCGCUGCAGCAGCAGCUCAGCGACGUCUGCUACCGACAGGCGGCUCAGCUGGAGAAUCGACAGAACGUCCUGCAGGCGGCGCAGGGCUUCCACAGCACCACGCAGGAGUUGUCCCAGCAGUUGGACGGUCUACUGGGCAUGCUCUGUGCUGACGUGGCCCCAGCCGAUGGAGCUUCAAUUCAACAAAACCUCAAACUGCUGGAGGAGAAGCUGCAGACUGUCGAGGCAGGUCUAUCUUCUCUGCGUCAGAAGGGGGCGCUGGUGAUGGAGCAGAUGUGCAGCCAGCCGGCGUGGUCUCUGGAGGAAACCGAGAGUCCAGCUGGAGAACAGCAGGACAACGUUCAGCACAUCCAGGCUGUGAUGGAGGAGAUGCAGCUCCGCAAACAGAGGUGUGAGGACAUGGUGGAUGUGAGGAGACUGAAGAUGUUACAGAUGGUCCAACUGUUCAAAUGCGAAGAAGAUGCUUUACAGGCAGUAGAGUGGCUCAGCGAGCUGUUGGACGCUCUGUUGAAGACUCACGUCAGACUGGGCGACGACUCUCAAGAGACCAGAACCAUGUUGGACAAACACAGAAAGUUUGUGGACGUUGCUCAGAGCACCUAUGAUUACGGCCGUCAGCUGCUGCAGGCAACUGUCGUCCUCUGUCAGUCUCUGCGCUGUACGACGCGCUCGUCCGGAGACACUCUGCCGAGACUCAACCGAGUCUGGAAGCAGUUCAGCGUCAGUGCCGAGGAGAGACAGCAGAGACUGGAGCUGGCUCUGACCUUCCACACGGCUGCCGAGAGGGUGUUGCAGCAGGAGCGUGUCGAGGCGGAGUCUCUGGAUGAAGUUGACUCUUCUGGGAAAACUCUGUUGGACAGACUGACCAUGCCUAUUAUCUUCCCUGAUGGGAGUGAGCAGUACUUUGGGAGUCCCAGUGACACGGCGGCGGCAGCGGAGGGUGUCAGAGAGCGCCUCCUGCUGGUGGAGGAGCGGCGGCUGCAGCUUCAGGAGGCCAGGCUCCAUAAUGACAACGAAGAGGAGGAGGAGGAGGAGGAGGAGGUGCUAAACGGGCAGGAGGCGCGGCUAGAUGUGAUCGGAGAGGAACUGAGCGAGAAAGAAGAGCAGGAGGAAGAGGUGGAGGUGGAGGUGGAGGAGGAGGAGGUGGAGGAGCAGCAACAACAGGAUGAGGAGUUAGAGAGGGCUACACAGGACUGCUAAUGGAUGGCGUUAAACCGAGCAGCCUUAAUGAAGCUUGUUAAUGAAGGGCUGCUGAUUCAUUUCCACAGAGACCUCCGAUCUCUUGUCCCUGAGCCCUCGAUUGGUCGCUUCUGUCUCACAGUGGCAGUAGGUUAUUCUCACCGCUGCUAUUUCUCCACAUCAGACUACAUUACCCAUCAGCCUCCCUGCUUACCCUUCCUUCAACAGGAUGAACGUGUUGGAUGUGAUUUUUUUCGUCACGCUCUCACUGCUUUUAGCAGAGACUCUGAAAGCUUCACCAUUGUUUGCCCUGGAAGAACAGCAACAGCACCCUUUCAUCUCCUCCUGCCGUUAAUAGAUCCAGUGGAUUUCCUUCCAGAUGUUAGCUGCUGGAUCAAAAAUGUAAAAUACUGGAAUUAUUUACUGGAAUAAUCAAUACUUACGUCUCUGGAUGCUCUGCUGGUGACAGUCGACUGUAAAAUAACCUAUUUGGAUAAAAAUACUCCUAACGUACGCCUAACACCACCUACUCCUUCCCAGCAUGCCACUCGUUCACCUAAUUGGGCGGAGCUUCCAUGGUGCUAACAUGGCUGCUCAAGUUUCUGUCCGUGCCUCCUUCAACUUUCUCUCAUUUCUUGCUUCUUCGCCUCUCCUUUUAUUCGCCUCCUCUAACAAAAGAUGAACUUGGCCUGUACGAGAACUCGCAGGGCGGAGCUACAGUACAUCAGGUGUGCAGCGACCUGCUCGUGUUCUUGUAUCAACGGUCCUGUACAUUUCAACGCCAGACAGUGUCAGACGACGGAAACUCUCCUGGCUGAGUCUUCAGGAUGUAGUAGUCAAAACAGUUGUAACAUUAAUGCAGCCAUGAUUUUACAUCUUUCAAGGACAUGGACGCUCUGACCACUUCGCUGCUCUAAAUUAACCCUCCGCCUUCAUGAUGGAAAUCAAACCAGUGCCCCUCACUCUGGUCCAGACUGACCACGGGGACUGAGGUGACCUCUGACUCUGCUGGCAGUCGAGGGCUCAGACAGGGUUGGGUCUACUGGGACUGGUUUGCUGACAUCACAAUAAUAUAGAUUCCUUUUCUAUUUAUUUGACUUUUUUUUUCAAGCAGAACUUGCUGUUGUUGACCAAUAACUGCUGCUCCAAGUGUAACCGCUAAACGCUGCGUCUUGCUCUCUUGUCCGUCUCAGUCCGAUAACAUAUACAAUGACAUCAGUAUGACCUCAUCCUCUAAAUAAAGAAGCUUUUUGACGUUGCA